AUGGAUACGAACAAAUAUCAUCCGGAUGAUCCUGACCGCCAUUUGAGGCGCUUGUCAGCAAUUAUAGGAAUUUCUACUCGUGUUCAAGCAUUGGCUAUGAAAAAACGGAAAUCGGUGAGAAUUGAAACGAGGGAGGAAAAGAAUGAAAAGAUUAUGAAAGCAGCAAAACUUGAUAGGACUGGAAGAAAUAUUAGAAUUGGAGUCAAUGAACGCUUCGUCAUUGAAAAUGUGUCUCAUGUCCUUGGGAUUCAAGACGAUGAUACUCUGAAUUUUGCUAUUGAUUCUUUAGAAAAUACAACAGUUUUAUGCAACUUCUUUGAAAUUCACGGUUCACGAAUGAUUUUAUUCCAGUUUCAAUCUCACGAUCCACCAAGCAUGACCAGUGGACGAUAUGAUCCAAAAUUGAAAGACAAGGUCGAUGUUGUGCUUUUCUCCACAGGAAACGGAGUAGAAAUCAUUGGCCCAUGUGUCGUUGCUUAUCGACUUCAAAAUUUAACAACUAUUGAAGCAAAAUCAGUAGCUGAAGAUAUAUUUUUUACUUUAAUACCGGAGGGUGAAAAUGUCAUUGCGUCAAUCGCACAAAUAAUUUACUUAUUUGAAAAUGAAAACAUUUUGAAGCAAACUACUAAUGGUUUUCCAGGUACAAAAAAUGAUAUCGUGUCUUGUUCAAUCGAUUUGAAAGUGAACAAUGAUCUGUUCAAAGGUUUUCUUCUCGCUUCUCAUCAAAUUGAAGAGACAAGUAAACGCCGUGAUAAAGUUGCUGAAGUUGAGAAAGAAUUUUGUCAUUGGAUGAAACAAGUCGAAUGUGUUGUUGUUCAAGGAGGUCAACUCACUAAAGAUACAACUGAAUCCGGUCCCAAUAAAGAAUUAGAACUAUGGCGGAAUAUGUUGACAAAGUUUAACAAAGCUGUAGAGUUUACUGAUUCGAAGCCUUUCAAAAAUUAUUUGAAAUGUUUAAAGAUUUCAAGAUCAAAACUUAUAGAGCCAUGGAAACAAAUUGAAGAUACUCUGAUAAUAUUGUUGAAUGAAGCUAAAGACAACGUUCGAUUUAUGACAUCAAUUGAAACCUUUUGGGAUCCACUUUAUCGUUGUCCACCAUUAGAAAUAGCUGAUUGUCUUUCACAGUUAUUGCAAGCAAUUCGCUCUGUUUAUAAAAACUCAAAUUUCUACUACAGCGAUGUACGAAUCACGGGUUUGCUAUCAAAAGUUGUCAACCAAUUGAUCAUCGCGUCACAAAAAUAUCUCACAAAUAAUUACAAGAACUCAGUUUGGGAACAAAACAUGAAUGAGUUUGUGAAGAAAAUUGAAGAAUGUAAGAAAAUGAAAGAAGCAUUUCGACUUAAUUAUACGAAAAUGUUGAAUGAAAUGAAGGAGGAUGGAGAGAGAACCUUUUUUUGUUCUGAUAAAUAUCUUUUUGAACGUUUUGAUUCUUUUGAAACACGUUUAAGAAAAAUUUGUGAAAUUAUGGAAAUUUGUCUCCAAUAUCAAGUAUUGGAUCGAAUCAGAAUCGGUGGCAUGGAACCAUUUUCUGAAAAAAUUAAAUCUGCUUUUAAUGCCAUAUCACAAAAGCCUUUCGAUCCACUAGCUCAUCGUGUGAAAGAGUUCGAUGAUGAUUAUCAAACGUUCCAGGAAAAAAUCUGUUCAGUUGAAAAAGAAAUGCAAGUUUUUGUUAAAAAUUAUGUCAAAGAUAUUGAACUUGCUGAAAUGCGAAUACUGACACUAGCUCGUUUUGAUCGAUUGAAUCUUGAUUGCUUACGGUUAGAUCGACGAUAUUUGGAUGUUGCUGAGAUGCUUGAAGUUGAAUUUGAAGAGCUUAAAGACACAUAUAACGAGAAACGCGGAGAUCCACCAAUUCCAAGAAAUAUUCCCGAAGUAAUUGGUCGGAUAAUGUGGAUUCGAAUGCUUCGGCAGAAAAUGGAAGUUCCCUUGAAUGCUUUAAAGGCUCGUGAAUGUGUACUUACUCAUAAGCGAGCUCAACCAUGUGUUAAGUUUUAUAAUUUUCUCACUGGAAUUUUCCUUCAAUACGAACUGACAGAACAUAAAGCUUGGUUUAUUUAUGCUGAAAAGGUUCGUAAACAACUUGAAAUGCCAGUCAUAAGAAAGGAUAAAAAAACUAAUCAUUACGAAGUGAAUCUUGAUCGUACAGUUAUUCAAGUAAUCAAAGAGACUGAAUCAAUGCUGAAACUUGGCUUGGAAGUUCCUGAAACUGCAAACACGUUGGCAUAUUGUAAAGAGAUAAUUAUUGAAGCUCAUGCAACUGCAAUUGAUCUUAUUCAACGCAACAAUAAAUUAAGACGGACGAUUUACCCUCAAUUUGUUCCACUCAUGAGAAUUCAGCUAAUUAAACUUGAACGAGUCUUUACUCCGAUGAUCUCGACAGUAACGUGGUUGAAUGUGAAUCUUGAUGAAUAUUUCAAAAAUAUUUCUGAGGUUUUAACUCCAAUAGAGAAUUUUCUGAAAGAAGUUUCAGAUAUCAAUGAUCAAAUUGACCGAACUUUGGAAUCCAUAAAGAAAUCUAUUCUUGUUACUCUUCCCGAGAAAGCAGUUGAUCCAGAAGAACUUCUAGACAUGAAUGUUGAGUAUCGGUCAGAAAUAGAAAGAAAGAUUGAGAUGAAGUCACAAGCAGCCGAGAAAGCUGCUGUUGAUUUAAUUAAUAAAUUUGUAUCUAAAUCGAAAAUUCCUUUAUAUGAAAGAUCAGGAAAAUAUCAACUACCUCUUGAAGAGAUCAACGAAACUAACUGGCGAGUUGAAGAGUUAAAACCAAUCGAUGUUUAUGAUUGGUUAUCAUUUGAAAAGCUUUACAAGUCUAUUGGCUUUGCAACACCGGAAGAGAAUGAAAUAUUAUGCUUUAAAGAUUACGAUGGACUAAAUUACGAUGUGACUUUACUUCACAUUGAUUGUGUCGAAUUGUUUGCUUAUUAUAAUCACAAAAUAAUUUCUGCACUUGCCAGAACGACGAGACUUAGUAUGGAAUUGUUCAAGAAACGAUCAAACAUUACUGGUCAAAUUUAUUCAUUACUUUGUAGUUCAAACAGAGAAGAAGCAUUAUUAAAAGCUGAAAUUCAUCUGAAGGUUCCAUCAUUUGUCUUAGUGCCAAGUUUAAGUGAAAUUCAGAAGUAUUACGAUGGAACAUUAUCAAACAUUGUUGGAACACAUUAUGCUGUGACAAGAUGGGGACAACAUGCAAAGACUGAAGAGCGAAAGAAACGAAACCCGUUGUUGGAAGAAAAGAGAUAUGAUACUCAUUUCUUUAUCACAAUUCUCAAUCAUAAAGAAGUCUCAAGAUACAAAAUGAGUUUUGAAAAUGGAGUCAUGCAAUUGGAAUCAAAAAUCAAUUCAAUUCUUGACGACCUUUAUCAAAACUACAAAUUUUUAUGGGAUGAUAAACGUGAAAGUAUCAUUGAAGCAUUUGUUAUGGGGAAUCCAUUGACAGCAGACAUUCGUGACAAAUUGUUGCACUAUGAUAAGAUCACAGAAGAAAUCAAAAAUCUCAGUAAAGUGAUUUGUGUUCGAGCAAUUAGAAUAAAUUGUGAAAAAAUGAUCAACGCUUUGGUGGAAGAGUCAGCAGCAUGGAAAUUAAUUUUAGGCUCAAAACUAAGCAACUUCUAUCGAUCGAUUCUUAGUGAAAUGGUUCAAUUUAUUCAAGUGCAACAAAAAGUCUUAGCCAGGCCUCUUGCUGAUCUCGAUGAUUGUCAAAUUGCAAUGAAUUGCUUGAAGGAAAUUAGAGAAAAUUUCUUUCGAAUUGAUGACAGUUUAGCACUUAUGGAAGACACUUACGCAAUGUUUGCAGCUUUUCAUAUAAAUAUCUCACCAGAAGACACAGAACGUGUUGAUGGACUUCGUUACAUGUUCAAUACAAUGAUGAAAACAGCCGAUGCUGUUAAUAAAGAAGUUAUGAGACUGCAAAUUCCUUUACAAAAUGAACUUGAAGCUGGUGUUGAACAAUUUACUAAAGAUCUUAAGACAUUUGAUGAAGAUUUUGUUCAACGUGGUCCUAUGGUGCAAGGAAUUCCAGCAAAGGAAGCGAGUGAUCGAGUUCUGCUGUUUGAAACUCGACUGCAAGAGUUAACCAGGCGUAAUGAAAUUCAUGCAAAUGGAGAGAAACUUUUCGGACUUCCAGUCAACGAAUAUCCUGUGCUACAAAAACGUAAAAAGGAUAUCAACUUUCUUAAUCGAUUGUAUAAGUUAUAUUUAGAUGUUAUGAGAAGCAUCGAUAAUUAUUCAGAAACACAAUUCAAAGAAAUCGACAUGAUAAAAAUAACGCAGGAAAUUCAAGACUUUGUCAAUCGAUGUCGAAAACUUCCACGUGGAAUGAAAGAUUGGCCAGCAUUCAUAGACUUAAAGCAGAAAAUUGAUGAUUUUAAUGACAGUUGUCCAUUGAUUGAUUUAAUGGCACGCGAGGGAAUGAAAGAACGACAUUGGCAAAUGCUGGAAAAUAUUAUGAAAUUUAAGUUUGAUAUUCAUUCGCCAAUUUUUACGCUUGGUGUUGUUUUGAGUGCGCCUUUGUUGGAGUUCAAAGAUGAUAUCGAAGAUGUUUGUGUUGGUGCAAUUAAAGAACAAGAAAUUGAAACCAAAUUUCAAAGUGUUAUCAGGGAAUGGAAAGAUGUUGACCUACCACUUGCACCUUUUAAGAAUCGCGGCGAUCUACUCAUCAAAGCUGGUGAUGUUCAAGAUAUCAUCACUAAAUUAGAAGAUUCUUUAAUGACGAUGGGUUCACUUGCUUCAAAUCGCUUUAAUGGACCUUUCAAAAAAGAAAUUAUGUUGAUGCUUCAACGAUUGUCAAGCACAAGUGACAUUCUUGAACGUUGGCUUCAAGUUCAAUUUCUUUGGAUGUAUCUUGAGGUUGUUUUUGUGAGUGGUGACAUUGCUCGACAACUUCCAUUGGAAGCCAAGCGUUUUUCAGCAAUUGAUAAAGAGUGGGUGAGAAUUAUGUAUAAAGCACGAAAUAAUCCAAACGUCGUAGAUCUCUGCACAGGCGAUGAUGUGGUUGACAAAACUUUGAAAUAUCUCUUAGAACAACUUGAAGUGUCACAAAAAUCUUUGACGGGAUAUUUGGAGACGAAACGUUUAGUUUUUCCACGAUUUUUCUUCGUUUCUGAUCCCGUUUUGUUAGAAAUUCUUGGACAAGCUUCAGAUCCACGAUCAAUUCAACCGCAUUUGCCGAGUAUUUUUGAUGGCGUAGAUCAUGUUGAGUUCCAAGAGGGAAGAAACGAUAUGAUUGUUGGAAUGUGUUCAGACAAUGGUGAACGUGUUCCACUCUUAAGUCCCGUAAAAUGUUCAGGGAAUGUUGAAAUCUGGAUUGGAAGAUUGCUUGAGAUGGUUCAAGACACUGUGAGAAUGAUUCUUGCUGAUAUUGGACUUCAAAUGGGCAAUGACAAAUUUAAUUACAAAGAUAAACUUGAAAGCUUGUGUGGACAAGGCCAAUUAAUUUGCAUUCAACUUUUGUGGACAAAAGAUGCUGAAUAUGCUUUAAGUUUUUGCAAAAUCGAUCGGAAGAUUCUCCAAAAAACUCUUUUAGGCUUUCAAGAUAUGCUCGACUUCUUCCUUGAUCUCACAGUGAAAAAUUUAACUAAACUUGAACGUGUGACAGUUGAAACUCUUGUAACAAUUCAUGUACAUCAAAAAGAUAUCUUUGAUGAACUCGUAAGAUUGAAGAUUAAAUCAGUUGACGAUUUUGAAUGGCAGAAGCAAGCUCGAUUCUAUUUCGAUUUAAAUCAAGAAGAAACAAUCGUGAAAAUUACUGACAUUGAUUUCGUGUAUCAAAAUGAAUAUCUUGGUGUGAAAGAAAGACUUGUCAUUACACCAUUAACAGAUCGUUGUUACAUUACAUGGGCACAAGCCAUUGGAAUGCAUAUGGGAGGUGCACCAGCUGGACCCGCAGGAACAGGAAAAACUGAAACCACCAAAGAUAUGGGACGUGCUUUGGGUAAACUUGUUGUCGUCUUCAAUUGUUCGGAUCAAAUGGAUUUUCGUGGUUUAGGAAGAAUUUACAAAGGUCUUGCACAAUCAGGAAGUUGGGGUUGUUUUGAUGAGUUCAAUCGAAUUGAACUUCCAGUUUUAUCGGUUGCAGCACAACAAAUUUACAUUGUGUUGAAUGCUAAAAGAGAGAAGAAGAAAGUUUUCAUAUUCAGUGAUGGCGACAAAGUGAAACUAAACCCUGAAUUUGGUAUUUUCAUAACAAUGAAUCCUGGUUAUGCUGGUCGUCAGGAACUUCCUGAAAAUUUAAAAAUUCAAUUUAGAACCGUUGCGAUGAUGGUUCCUGAUCGACAAAUUAUUAUGCGUGUGAAACUUGCUAGUUGCGGCUUUCGUGAUAAUUUGAAACUUUCAGCGAAAUUUUUCACACUUUAUAAGCUUUGCGAAGAACAACUUUCAAAGCAAGUCCAUUAUGAUUUUGGAUUAAGAAACAUUUUGUCAUGUUUGAGAACUCUUGGCGCUGUGAAGCGUGCAGCAACAGGAAAGUUUCAAGAAGAAGACAUAUUAAUGCAAGUUUUAAGAGAUAUGAAUUUAUCGAAACUUGUUGAUGAAGACGAGCCUUUAUUCUUGUCAUUAAUCUCGGAUCUCUUUCCUGGACUUAAGCUUCGUACGGCAUCACAUAAAGAACUUCAAGAUGCUAUAAGCGAAGCGGUUCAAAAUUUGUCGCUUAUUAACGAAACGGCUUGGAAUCUUAAGAUUGUUCAGCUUUAUGAGACGUCUCUGGUUCGUCAUGGUUUGAUGGUUCUAGGACCAACAGGUGCAGGGAAAACAAAUUGCAUGAAUGCAUUAUACCAAAGCUUAACAAUCAUGGGACUUCCUCAUAGAGAGAUUCGAAUGAAUCCUAAAGCAAUUACAGCUCCACAAAUGUUUGGACGUUUAGAUGUAACAACAAAUGAUUGGACUGAUGGAAUCUUUUCAGUCUUAUGGCGACGAACAUUAAAAUUUAAAACAGACUUUGUCUGGCUUGUUCUUGACGGUCCCGUUGAUGCAGUUUGGAUUGAAAACUUAAAUUCAGUCCUUGACGAUAAUAAAACUUUAACUCUUGCCAAUGGCGAUCGUAUUUUGAUGAGUCCAAACUGUAAAUUAGUCUUUGAACCUGACGCUAUUGACAAUGCAUCACCAGCUACAGUGAGUCGCAUGGGAAUGGUGUUUAUGAGUUCUUCAGUGAUGCCAUGGAAUGCAAUCCUUGAAGGUUGGCUCUUGAAACUUACAAAUGAUGAUGCAAAAUCUUUCAGAAAGUUCUUUAACAAGAUUUAUGGCGAUGUCAAUUUAUUUGUUCAGACAAAACUCGAAGCUAAAAUGAAAAUUCUCGAAGCUAUUUAUAUUCGUCAGAUAUGUGACAUUCUCACUGGUUUACUUCCUGAAGAUUCAAAGUUGUCUGAUUAUCAUCUCGAACGAUUAUUUUUGUUUGCAUUGAUGUGGUCACUUGGCGCUGCACUUGAAUUUGAAGAUCGCGAUAAAAUGGAAAAUUUUGUUCUGAAUCAUCCCUCAAAGAUGAAAUGGCCGAAACUCGAAGUUGGUAAAUGGGAGCAUUGGAACUCUCAAAUUGAAGAAUUUAUUUAUCCAAGCGACUCAAUUCCUGACUACUCAAGUAUUCUCGUACCGAAUGUCGAUAAUAUUAGAACUGCUUUUCUUAUUGAAACAAUUGCAAAACAGCAUAAGUCUGUGAUGUUAAUAGGUGAACAAGGAACAGCGAAAACCGCAAUCAUCAAAGGAUUUAUGUCUAAAUAUGAUCCGGAAUAUCAUCUUACAAAAAGCUUCAACUUUUCGUCUGCUACAACUCCAAAUAUGUUCCAAAGAAUCAUCGAAUCUUAUGUUGAGAAACGAGUUGGAUUGACUUAUGGGCCACCACAACAUCGACGAAUGACGAUUUUUAUUGAUGACAUUAACAUGCCAUUAGUCAACGAAUGGGGUGACCAAGUAACGAAUGAGAUUGUGAGACAAUUGAUGGAAUAUUCAGGAUUUUAUUCACUUGAACGACCUGGAGACUUCUGUACAAUUCAAGACAUUCAAUUGCUUGCAGCAAUGAUCCAUCCUGGUGGUGGACGAAACGAUAUUCCAAUGAGACUCAAACGACAACUUUGCAUUUUUAAUUGUACUCUUCCCAGCAAUAAAUCAAUGGAUAAAAUAUUUGGAGUCAUCGGAAAUGGAUACUUUUGUGGAACUCGUUUUAAUAAAAAAAUAGUUGAAUUUGUGAGUCUUCUCAUUCCAUUAACGAGAAAAGUAUGGCAGCAAACCAAAAUUCAAAUGCUUCCCACACCUGCAAAGUUUCAUUACAUUUUUAAUCUUCGAGAUUUAUCACGAAUUUGGGGUGGCAUGUUAAAGAUCGAAAGGGAGCAAUGCCAGGAUGUUAAAAGUAUUUUGAAACUUUGGCAACAUGAAUGCACACGAACAAUUGCUGACCGUUUUACUAACGUUGAUGAUCGAGAAUGGUUUAAGAAGACAAUGACAAAAAUUGUGAAGUCAGAAAUUCCUGAAUAUUAUGAAGAUUAUCCAAAAGACGAAGUUUAUUUCGUGGAUUUCUUGCGAGAUGCACCAGACGUAGAUCCUGACCAUUUGGAAGAAGAUGCUGAUGAUUCAUCAGGCCAAUAUUAUUUAUACGAAGAAAUUCCAAGUUUUGAAGAAGUCAGGCAGAAAAUUUUAAAUUUCAUGGAAACAUACAACGUGGAAGUGCGUGGAGGGAAACUCAACUUGGUAUUUUUCCAAGAUGCUCUUAUACAUCUCAUGAUUAUUUCUAGAAUUAUUCGCACUCAGAGAGGCAACGCGCUUCUUGUUGGUGUUGGCGGAAGUGGGAAACAGAGCUUAACAAGAUUAGCUUCAUUCAUUGCUGGUUAUAGAAUUCAUCAAAUUACUAUAACACGUUCAUAUAACAUUACAAAUUUUGCCGACGAGUUUAAAUAUUUGUAUCGUGUUGCUGGUUUAGAGGGACAAGGAAUUUCUUUUAUUUUCACUGAUAACGACAUCAAAGAUGAAAGCUUUUUGGAGUAUCUCAACAAUGUUCUAAGUUCUGGUGAGAUUGCAAAUCUCUUUGCAAAAGAUGAGAUUGACGAAAUUACAAGCGAAUUAAUUCCGAUAAUGAAGAAAGUUGAUCCGAAGCGAAUACCAACACAAGACAAUCUUUAUGACUUUUUCAUUUCUCGAGCUCGUAGCAAUCUUCAUGUCGUGUUGUGCUUUUCACCAGUUGGAGAGAAAUUUCGUAAUCGGUCACUUAAAUUCCCUGGCCUUAUAUCUGGUUGUGUUAUUGAUUGGUUUCAAAAGUGGCCAAUGGAUGCUCUGGUCGAAGUUUCUCACUUCUUUUUAGCCGAUUACAAUAUUGAAUGUUCACCGAGUGUCAAAGAAGAAUUAAUUAAAAUGAUGGCGUAUGUUCAGGACAAUGUCUCUGAUGUUUGUGUCGAUUAUUUUGAAAGAUUUCGUCGACAAACUUUUGUUACACCAAAAUCAUUUUUAUCUUUUCUUGAAGGCUACAAAAAGAUUUACACAGAAAAUCUUGUGACAAUCGUUGACCAAUCACAAAAGAUGACAAAUGGAUUGGAAAAAUUACGUGAAGCUGCUGAAUCUAUUGACAUAUUAAAAGUACAAUUUCAAGUGAAAGUAAAUGAAAUAACUAAAGCAGAAGUGUCAGCACAAAAAGUGAUAGAAACUGUUGAAGUCACAAGAGAGACGGCAGAAGAAGCAAAGAAAGAAGUUGCAGUGAAGCAAAUAGCACAAGCUGCACUUGUUGAAAAAAUCAUAACAGCACAGAAAAUAACUGAGAAAGAAUUAGAGAAAACAAUGCCACAGUUGUUGAUGGCUGAAGCAGCUUUGAAAACUGUCAAAAGUCAAGAUAUUGCGACAGUUAGGAGACUCGGAAAGCCACCACAUCUCAUCACUGUUAUCAUGGAUGUUGUUAUGGUUUUGUUUUGCAAACGUUUAGAUUCAAUUAAAAUUGAUCCUGAAAAAUAUUUCCUUCAAACGUCAUGGGAACAAGCAGUAAAAAUGAUGGCAGAUACAAACUUCUUAAAGAAAAUUAUUGAAUUCAAACGUGAUACAAUCGAUGCUGAAUGUAUCGAUUUAAUGGAACCGUAUUUCAAUUUUCCAAAUUAUUCAGAAGAAGCAGCAAAGCUUGCAUGUGGAAAUGUUGCUGGUCUUUUAAAAUGGACGAAAGCAAUGGCAGAAUUUUAUUUGGUAAAUAAAGAUGUUCUUCCAUUAAAAGCUGAGUUGGCUGUAAAACAAGCACAAUCAGAGAAGGCGACAGAAGAGUUGCAGAAAUUAGAAGAAUCACUUGCAAUGAAAGAAAAGGAAUUGGAAAGUGCUGAAGAAGAAUUGGAAACGGCUAAUAAAGGACUUCAGAAUGUCAAAAAUGAAGCAGCUUUGCUUCAAAGUAAGUUAGAUGCUGCCCAUGCUAUGAUCACAGGGUUAGUAGAUGAAAGAGAGAGAUGGACUCAUCAGAUUGAACAAUUUAGCGAUGAAAUCGGAGCACUUGUUGGUGAUGUAUUAAUUCUUACUGGAUUUUUAUCAUACACUGGUCCAUUCAAUCAAGAGUUUCGAGCUUCAAUGCAAUUAAAUUGGCAACGAGAACUUGGAAGUCGACGAAUUCCAUACACGACGGGAUUAGAUGUUGUGACAAGACUUGCUGAUACUUCAAUGAUUGGUGAGUGGAAUCUUCAAGGUCUCCCAAAUGAUGAACUUUCAAUUCAAAAUGGAAUAAUUGUGACACAAGGUCCACGAUAUCCGCUUUUAAUUGAUCCACAAGCACAGGGAAAGUUUUGGAUAAAACAAAAAGAUAAAGAAAAUGGAUUAAUUGUGACAUCACUUGUUAAUAAAUAUUUCCGAAAUCAUCUCGAAGAUGCAGUCAGUCAAGGAUUGCCUUUGUUAAUUGAAGAUGUUGGAGAAGAGCUUGACCCAUGUUUAGAUAAUAUUUUAGAGAAAAACUAUGUGAAGAUGGGAAAUUCUUAUAAAGUUAAAAUUGGCGAUAAAGAAGUCGACACUCAUCCUGACUUCAGAUUGUACGUUACAACUAAGCUUCCGAAUCCAAUGUAUACACCGGAAAUAACCGCAAGAACGAUGAUAAUUGACUUCACUGUAACAAUAAAAGGACUCGAAGAUCAAUUGCUUGGUCGAGUUAUUCUUUCAGAGCGUAACGACAUUGAGACUGAAAGAAUGCAACUUGAAACUGAUGUAACAAUGAACAAAAAACUUAGUAAGGAACUGGAGAAUAACUUACUUUACAAACUAUCAACAACUCAAGGAAGUUUACUUGAUGAUUUGAGUGUAAUGGAAGUUUUAAACACCAGCAAAGCAAAAGCAAUUGAGAUAAGAGAAAAGUUGGAGUCAGCUGAAGUAGCGAAAGUUAUGAUAAAUCAAGCGCGAGAACAGUUUCGUUCAGUUGCAACACGUGGAAGUGUUUUAUAUUUUUCCAUUGUGAAAAUGACUUUAGUUAACAACAUGUACCAAACAUCUCUCGUUCAAUUCUUAGAACGUUUCGAUUAUUCACUUCGGAAUUCUGUCAAAACUCCAAUGACAAUCAAACGUAUUAAAAAUAUUACUGAAUUUCUUACUUACGAUAUCUUCAAAUACAAAUCUCGUGGACUUUAUGAGACUGACAAACUCUUAUUCGUUCUUCUUAUAGCACUCGAUAUUGAUUUGGAACGUGGAUUUAUCACAUUCGAAGAGUUUCAAAACUUUAUAAAAGGUGGAGCUGCUUUAGAUAUCAACACAUGUCCACCGAAAUCAGGUAAAUGGAUCAGCGACUCGACAUGGUUGAACAUCGUCCAGCUUUCAAAUCUUGCUCAAUUUAAAAAAAUCAUCAAUCAAAUAAAGACAAAUGAAAAAGAAUGGAAGCAAUGGUAUGAUAAAGCAGCACCUGAGGAAGAAGAAUUUCCCAGUGGUUACGAUCGUUUAGAUGACUUUCGUAAACUUCUCAUUAUACGAUCGUUUUGUAUCGAUCGUGCUUUAUCUCAAUGCACAAAAUACAUUUCAUUGUCAUUGGGUGCAAGAUUUGCUGACCCAGUUCUGCUGAAUUAUGAAAGUAUGCUUGAAGAAAGUCAAGUUUAUACACCAAUUGUUUGCUUCCUUUCCAUGGGUUCCGAUCCAACUCCAAGUAUUGAAAGCUUGGCGAAGAAAAAUCAAAUGAAAGUUGAUGCAAUUUCAAUGGGUCAAGGACAAGAAGUGCAUGCAAGAAAAUUGAUAAAAGAAUCGCUUGAUAAAGGUUAUUGGGUUUUGCUUCAAAACUGUCAUCUUGGAUUGGAAUAUAUGGAUGAAGUGACGUUGCAAUUGUUGGAACUAAAAUUGUCAGGCGAAGGAUACAACGAAAACUUUCGGCUAUGGAUAACGACAGAAGUUCAUCCGAAAUUUCCAGUUUCAAUGCUUCAAAUGUCAGUGAAAUAUACAAAUGAACCACCUUCUGGUGUUCGAGCUGGUUUGAAACGAACUUAUAGUUCAAUGAGUGAUGAUAUGCUUGAUCAUAGCGACUCAAAGUUCUACAUGCCAUUAAUUUAUUCAAUUUCAUUUUUCCACACCAUCGUUCAAGAGCGAAGGAAGUUUGGAGCACUCGGUUGGAAUAUUCCCUAUGAGUUUAACACGUCAGACUGGCUUGCUAGCUGUUAUUUCAUUCAAAAUCAUCUCGAUUAUUUGCAAACAAAUCAAUCAAUAAGUUGGAAAACCGUAAAUUACAUGAUUGGUGAAGUGCAGUAUGGUGGACGAGUCACAGAUAACUUCGAUAAGCGGCUACUUAACUGCUUUGCAAAGGCAUACUUUAGUGAUGAAAUGUUCAAAGAUACUUUCGCAUAUUACAGUGAAAAGGAUAAAUUUAGUUACAAAAUUGUAGUUCAAAAAACAGCGGAAGAUUAUCUUGAUUACUUUGACACGAUGCCAUCAACAGACCCACCAAAUGUUUAUGGGCUUCAUCCAAAUGCUGAUAUUACUUAUCAAACUAAUAAAACAAAUCAAAUAUUAGAUACAAUCAUCUCUGUUCAACCUAAGGAAUCUUCAGGGUCUGGAGGAGAAACUCGUGAAUCUGUAGUCACAAGACAAGUUGAAGAAAUGUUGACGAGAAUUCCACAACCUUACGAUGAAUUUGAAGUGAAGAAAAGUUUGACCAAAGACAUCACUCCGAUGAAUAUUUUCCUACGUCAAGAGAUUGAUAGAAUUCAAAGCAUUAUUUUGUUAGUAAAAUCAACGCUUAGUGAUUUAUUGCUGGCAAUUGAAGGUACAAUCAUUAUGAACGAUCAAUGUCGUGAUGCUUUUGAUAAUAUUUAUGAUGCUCGUGUACCGAAAGUGUGGUUACGUGGAAGUUGGGCUGCUUCAACUUUAGGCUUUUGGUUUACUGAAUUAAUUCAACGAAAUAUUCAAUUUUCAACAUGGUGCUUUAAAGGACGACCAAAUGCUUUUUGGAUGACUGGAAUGCGACUGUAUGAAUGUCCCGUCUAUAAGAAGAUAAAUCGAACUGAUCUCAAUUACAUCACAACUUUAUAUUUGCCAACAGCUAAGCCUCCCGAUCAUUGGAUAUUGCGUGGUGUUGCCCUUUUGUGCGAUGUCAAAUAA